AUGCGCAGUGCGGCCGUUAUGGAAGGCGAGGCGGGCUUGUUCGCUGGCAGCGCGGAGCGGGCUGGGCCCCGGCUGGGUGCGGAGAUGGCGGGGGAGCCUGCGGGGAAUCUGCCGGGGCUGGGCCGGGCGGCGGGGAGCGAGUCAGAUGUCUUUGAAAUCAUGCUCCCAAUAACGAUCCUUGUGCUGAACGAUGAUGAGUGUCUCUAUAAUGAGGCUGAGGAGCAAGCAGCGACUGUUCCUGAGCUGAAGAAGGAGUAUAAGCAGGAGGCAGGUUUCAGUACCAGCGUUCUCCUAGAAAGCAACGUAACGCCUUCAGAUGCCAGUAGUGGUUUAAGUGUUUCGGAAGGAAAAGAGAUUGCUGCAAAUAAGGAUAAUUGUAUGAAGUACUCUGAAGAAAAACAGAUGGAGAGUUUGUGUAAUGAAUUGAAGCUAUCUCUAAAUGAUCAGAGUGAUGCAAGCAAAGAUAAGUGCAAUCAAAAUGUAUUGCCAAUGUUCCCUUGCAAAGCAGACCUUAAUGAAAUAAAUGAAACCAGCGACCAGAAAGAAUGUGUUGAUAAUGACGCUUGUCAGAAGAUUCCUCUCCUCGUCGCAGCUGACAGCGAGGGUAGAGAUGUGACCAUCAACACUGGUGAACAGAUCGCGUUAGUAGUGGUGUGCAAAGAUGAAGAAGAACAUGCUGAUAUUGCAAACGUUCUUUCUGCUGGAAGCCAAGAGAAACAGCUGGGAAUUCCCACGGAGAUGGUGGCAACUGUUAAAGUGGAAGAUACUGAUUCUUCAAUAAAUGGAAGUAAUGAAGCUGACAACACAAUAAGUAAGAGCAGCAAAUUUGAAGCCCUGAGUUCAGUUUUGGAACAUGGCUUGAAAGAAGAACCGGAAGCUACCCAGAGUCAUUCUGCUCUGUUUGCUAAUGGAUAUUGCUCUACUUCAGAAGAAUUGCGAAAAGAUACAGGGGGCUUGGAGAUGAACGCUUCUAUUUCUGCUGAAUCAAAUGCUACCGAAGAGCAUAUUUAUAAGUCAUUAACACCUUUUUCUAAAAAAAGACAUCAGCAACAAUAUAUCGUUUCUCCUUAUGAAAGCCCAAAUGAAAUACAAGGCCAGCAAGAAGGUUUAGCGUGGCCCAGUAAUAGUCUGAACAUCAAACCUUUUUCUAAAGCAUCUUGUUCUAUAAAUAAGCAUGAAAAAAUAAAUUUGAAAUGCAGGUUUUGUAGUUCUGUAUAUAAAUGCGCUGCACUUCUGAAGAGACACGUUCAUUCAGCUCAUAAAGAUAAAAAAACUCAUAAAUGCUGCUUUUGUAAAAGAACCUUUUUCUCUUCUGUCAACCUGAAGAAUCACAUUAAGUUUCAUAAGAAAAUGACUAGGUUGCGAAAGGUAAGAAAAAAUAGAAUGAAUGCUAGAAAAGUUAGGCAAAGAAGAAUUGAAGAAAGAAAAUCAGAGACCAAGAAAAAAGAAAGCAAAUACGAGAAGUUUUUCAUCAAAAUUGAAAGGGACUUUACAUCUCUGGGCGUUCCAGUUAUUUUUUCCUGCAGACUUUGUCUUUUUGGUUCCUCAAAUCCCAGGAUUUUUGUUCAUCACAUGAAGGGACAUAAAGAGAGACCGCCUUACCAGUGUCCUCAGUGUGAUUACUCCUGCAUUAGCUUAUCCUACAUGUUAAAUCACAUGUACUGGCACGCUGGGUAUAAGCUGUACAAGUGCAGGUUCUGUACCUUCUUCUCAUUGUAUUUUGCAAGCAUGGUGAGGCAUAGCUAUAUCCAUACAGGGGCUAAACCCUACUCCUGUGAGUUCUGCCAGUCAGCAUUCACGAGCACCAGUGGGUUAAAGAGGCACAGAAGACUACACGCAGGCGAAGGAACAUGCCAAGGGCCGCAACUUGACUUUGUACGUGAAAGAAAGAGAACUCGAAGACCUUCAAAGAGUUACACGUGCGAUGAGUGUAACAUCGUGUUUUAUACGAGAGGACAUCUAAGCUUUCAUAAGAAAUUUCACGAACAGUUCAAGGUGACCGAUAAUGGUUAUACGAACCAGAGCAACGAAUAUAAAAAUGAAGCGUGUGAAUUUGACAGCGAUUCCCAGGACCAUGUUUCUCUCUCUGAUAAAGGUAAUAGUCUCACUGGGGGAGUGUGUAGAAUGUUGGCUUCAGAAGUAGACUUUGAGCAGGCAGAUGAUGCGAAGGACGAUAAGAAAAUGCACUCUGGAAACAUAUUUCCUGAAAGCAGCUAUGGAAACAACACUGUACCUAUUUUGGGGAGUAGAUCAGAGGUUCUGGAUUCAUACGAAAUGGACGCUGUAGUGUGCAAAGAAGACCCUCUGUUCAGCCCUGAUUCCUCUCAGUGGCAGGUCAAAGAUGGUGAUUGGCAAGCUGAUGAUGAUGAUGAAGAUGCUGCAUACUAUACAUCUGAGGAUACGUGGCCUUCCAGUUUGUCGGUGUUUAAAAUGUACAGGUGCCAAUACUGUGACUAUGCUACUGGUGUUCAUAGCAACUUUAAGCUGCACCUCAAAAUGCACACAGAUGGAGGACCAUUUGUGUGUCAAGAAUGCAAUAAGACAUUUAAAACUUCAAACUGUUUGCAGAGACACAGGCUUCUUCAUGUAGAGAAUCAUUAUGAACUUGGCCACUGCCUCUACAUGGAUAGCAGUUUUGAGGAGAAUCUUGGAUUGCAUCCUGAAAUGAACGUAGGUCUGUGUCCAGAAAGAGAUUUUGGUUCUAAAGAGGGUUCAAGUGGUGUCUAUUCCAUGUUUGGUUCAGAAUUCUAUGGAGAGCAGACAGUUAUCCAGAGGGAUAAAAGAAAUGAUUUUCUAGCACAGCGUGAGCCUCAAUUCUAUCAGUGUGCAGAGUGUGAGUAUGCUACUUACAUUUUAAGCAACCUUAAACUACACAUAAGGACUCACACAGGUGAGAAGCCUUACAGCUGCAGCGUUUGCCAAAAGAAGUUCCGUACUUCCAGUCACCUGAAGCGACACAAAAUGAUGCAUUUUAAUAUGGAGCACCUCAAGUGCAGGAAGUGUGACUAUUCCACAGACAGAUGGCUGUCCUUGAAACGGCACCUGGCUUUGCACUCGGUUAGCGAAAGCUCCUCUGCUGUCUGUCUCUACGAACAAAAACCUCUCCCUGUCAAAACGUACACAUGUGGAGAGUGUGGCUAUACCACGGUCCACAACAGCAACUUGAAGCAGCACCUAAGAAUUCAUACUGGGGAGAAGCCGUUCAAGUGCAUGCAGUGUGGCGUUGCUUUCCGCACUUCGAGCCACCUGAAGCGCCACGUGCUGACUCACUUGAAGUUGUACUGCAGAAAGUGUGACUUUGCUACAGUAGAUAAAAGAGCUUUCCAAAAGCAUGUGAAAAUGCACAAAAACAAGUACAAGCGUAGCAUUACAUCUCUGUAAUGUGGUGGUGUCCACCAAAAAGCUUCUAGGAGAACAUAACCAACGAUGUGACCUUGGUAGAUAAGCUUGGGAUUUGCAAGGUGGCACUCAGGUCUUGAGAACUGUCCAUGUCUUGGAUUUGUUCCUUAUUGUACGUUCCUCUGCUGUACCUGAAAUGCUGGCUGGUAACGGGUGCCUGUAGUGUUUUGGUCAAGAGGGUGAAACUCGGGAUGCUUCUUUGCUUCAGGUUCUGCUGGGAGCUUCAGUUUUUAGUGUAGGCUGUGCUGAAGAAGAACUUGGAGGUGCCUCUUCAUGCCUUUGUAACCUUUAUAUUCCAGGAGGUCAGAGUUAUGGUUUGGCCUAUAUUUGUCAGUGCAAACAGUUUUUUUGCUUAGUUUAUUUUCUUUUUCUAAAAAAAAAACUUGUCUAAUGAAUGUUUAAAGGGAGGGGUGGAAGUGUACAUUAUGUUGUAUAGUAAUAAUUUUUCAGUUAUGAAUUGUCAGUAGGUUUGGAGGCUUACUCCAAUCUGCUGUAAGUUGCAUUCCCUGCUACCAGGUUCUCCUGUAACACCUGCAAGAGAACAAGUUAGCGUCUCAUAAAAUCAGAGGUAUGUGAAUUUUAUCUCAUCGCAGGUUAAAUGGGAUAUGAAAGUGUUUUCUGUACAUGUGUGUAUAUGUAAAAUGUUUGGUAGGCAGCUAAUUGAGUCUGCACUUACUCCAGGUAAUUCUCUGAGUAGUCUCACAGAAGUAGUAAUGUCCUUAAUGAGAUAUUUUAUGAUACUAGGAAUCCUUAAGUUAAUCUUCACAAGAUUUUUGUAGAUGGCUAAUAUUAGUUCUGCAUAAAAUGCCUUCUCUUUUUUCAGGCUGGUAGUCAGCUGUGCUCUGUUUCUUAGAAUAGAUAAUACCCUUUUCAAAUAACCUUGUUGGUGAUUUAACUAUUUGCUGACAUACUGCAAAAAAUACUGCUUAAGCUGCAAACCUUAGCACCUAGCUUGAACUGUAAAACUUAUUUUGUUAAAGAGCUUUAUUGUGCAGCUGCAAUACCACAAGUAAGGACUACUCAUACCAAAUGGCACUUACAUAUGGUAUGGUAAAGGCUGAGAUUGAUGUUUCUUCCAUUCUGUAUUCAAAUCCAAACGCUUCUGCUACAGAAUUGUAUGGUGCUAGAAGCUCUUGUGCGGACAGCACUGACUGUAUGUUCAGUGGGACUUAGAAAAGCAGUGUUACCCUCUUGUGUAAGGAAAGAAAAUGAAUUGCAUAUUGAGAAUUAUUGCAUAAUUCCUAAAAUUCAUAAUUAAUGCGUAAUUGGGAUAAUGCUUAUUUCCAGUAAUGUUACAACUCAGACCACAAAACAGCAGAGUAAGCCUACAGUUUAAUUUAGAGGAUGUAAACGUGAAAUUGCCACUGCUAUUUUACUUUGCUCAAGUUUAUGAUUUUCUUUAUAAAUACAGAUAAUAUAUUAAAGAGGCUUUCUGGUGACAUAGGAAAACAGUUUUCCAAUGGAAGCUCAUGAAUUGAUGCAUGCGUUUAAGGCCAGACCAACAAAGGGAUUUAUUAAGUGAUCUAGUUCUUUUGAGUUUCAGUAGAGUCAGAUAAGUCAGUAUCUGUGUCUGUGAACCCCAGUGGUUGCAGAUGUUUCUACUAUAAGCUGGGAAGUCACUAUUUGGAAACAAGAGAAGGAUUCAGAUUUUAAAAUGGUUGAGCUAUCCAGCUGAUGCACUUGUGAGAAAGAAAAACACUAUCGUAAUAUAAAUAAUAUGAAUGUUCUGGGGAAAUAUUAAUGGUAUCAUGCAGGCAUGGAGGAAAUUUUACCCGGAUUACUAUAUGGUUCUGAUCACUUGAAAAAUUCAAAAGAACAUGUGCAAAGAAUAAACAAAAGUGGUAAAGAGAAUUGCAUGAGAACUGUGCAACAGAAGGAGACUGAUUUAAGGGUGAUAAAUCUGCUAAAGCAAUUUUUCUAAAAAGUGCUCGCUUACAGCAGCAGUUUCUUUUAGUUGCAAGUAAGGAGAAGACAUUUUCAGAUGGAACUUGAGUUUGUAAAAAAUAAAUAUUUCAGGUGAUUGCCUCUAAUAAAAGAAUCAAUAAAGUA